UCAUUUUCUAUUUUCUUGGCGAGAUACAUUCGGUUGACUUUUUAUCAAAAAAGAACCCGUUACUGUAGACAGUAGUUCAUCAUUGGGAUCCUCUUGUUUUGUUUGUUUUCCUCCAGCAAAAGUCAACCGGAUUCUAUCCAGAGAAAAAGUUUGAUUUUCAUUCUAGAAAGAAAAUGAGAGAGAACUUGAAACACUUCCUCUCUCGUUCCAGUCGAUAGUUUUUUUAAAAGAAGCCCCCCCAACAAUUUCCCCCCCAAAUCCCUCCCUUUUUGUUGUUUCAGUUCUCCCAUCGGGACCUGCUGCUGGACAACAAGGGCCGGGCUUCUUCUUCUUCUUCAGUACCCGUCUCCACUUCAACCAGCGCAGCCGUGCGCUUCUCACCUGGUUCCCAUCGUCUCUCUUGUGUGAAAACGUUGAACAAUUUUUCGAUUCGGUUGGACUCAAUUUGUGCUUCUUCUUCUUCUUCGUUUCACAGAGAACAAAAUAAGAUACUAUACACACUAUACGGCUGCGGUGAUAGUUUGGCUUGGCUGGGCUUGGCAGCUACCGUCCGCCAGUUUUCUCCGCCAGUGUGACUUGAUCGUCUGUCAGGUGCACAAGUGCCAACCGCAGUUCCGUGCGUCCAACGUCAUAAGAUGAACCUCCGCUGGAUAAUUCCCGUUGUCUGUCUCCUAACAGUUUGGUCUAGCGCAGUGGCGCAAAGGCCAACGGCCAAGGCCGGCACCACCACCUCCUCCCUGGUCUCCAGCAGAAACAAUAAGAAAGUCGUUUGCUACUACGCCAAUUGGUCGGCUUACCGGCCCGGCCAGGCCAAAUUCCUGCCGCAGAAUAUCAAUCCCUACCUGUGCACUCACCUCAUCUACGCAUUCGGCGGAUUCACCAACGAUUUCACCCUGAGACCCUUCGACAAGUGGCAGGACAUUGAUCAAGGGGGUUACGCCAAAUUCAACGGUCUCAAGGCUCACAACAAGAACCUGAGGACUUUGCUGGCCAUCGGCGGAUGGAACGAAGGGUCGGGACGGUUCUCCAAAUUGGUGGCCAACCCGGAGACCCGCCAGAAUUUGGUGCGAUCAGCUAUCAAGUACCUGCGCCAGCAUCAAUUCGACGGCCUCGAUCUCGACUGGGAAUAUCCGGCAUCUCGCGAAGGCAGCCGGCCCUCCGACCGAGAGAACUACGCCCAGCUCGUCAAGGAUUUAAGAGACGGAUUUAAUAACGAGAAAGGCAACCGGGAGAGGCUGCUGUUGACCAUGGCCGUGCCGGCCGGUGUGGACACGAUCGAACUGGGCUACGACAUCCGCGCCCUCAACAGGGACUUGGAUUUCAUCAACAUUCUGAGCUACGAUUACCACGUCGCCAGCGAACCCCAGGUGAAUCACCACGCUCCGCUCAGAGCCCGCAGCAACUUUGACGACGUGUUUGACCCCAAUGAAGAGCUCAACAUCGUAAGCCAGUCCUCUUCUUUGAUCCUCCUCCUCUCUACAACAACUGCGUCUGUUGAUUCUCUACGGUUGAAUUGA